CUCACAACAGCCUCACUCACGACAUUGACCUCUUUGCUCCGCAAACUCCAACUCUCCGACAACACCAAUAACACGACCCCACCACUCAAUCACCACACUCUCCAUACCUACGCGGACUCUUCAGCUCACGGACACACGGGAAAGAGGAAAAAAAAUGGACAACAAAUCUUCCACCCCCCGCAUCACCUGCGCCUAUCUCAGCCAGUAUGUCGGCAAGCUCGUGACGGUCGUAGGCAAAGUUGUCCAGCUACGCGGCGAGGAGGCGACUAUUGACGCUGAUGGGACCAUUCAUGCAUUUUUGAACCGCGAAGCACACCUCUCAGCAAACAACGGCGUCCAACUCAUCGGCAAGGUCAACCCGGAUCUUUCCAUCAAAGUGCUUAGCUCCGUUGAUUUGGGGCAGGGUGUUGACUACAACCUAGCAAACGCUGUCGUGGAAGUCACUCAUCGUUACAAGCCCCUCUUUGUGUACGAGAACUAAGGUGAGAGGGCGCGAGGAAACCACUACACACCCCCAGAGAUGGGGAGAGAAGGGGGAAAAGGAAGAGGCAAAAUAAUACCCAACUAUAACAAAUGGAACCCAGAUUUCUUAGAACCCUUCAUCCGAGUUAUACUUCGAUAUUCGUCACCAAAUGUCGAAAUAGUCCAAGCGUUGCGACCGCAGGCGCCACGCACACGCAAGACGCGGCGGCACUGCGGGGAAACGAACAUGCCAACCAACUUACUAUUGUCAUGCCUGCUUCGACAUGGCGGCGGCAAUAUCUAUUUUUCUUGCAGGAGCAGCUCAGCGGAAAUAGAGAGCAAAUGUGGAGAAGGAGUCCGAUAUGCGGCAGUCUCAACUGCUAUACAAUUG